GUUAUCUUUAUUGUAAGAUUUUUAUUUUGUUGAAAUGAUGGAUGUUGAAAUGAAAUGAUGGUCAACGAAAAGUAAUUAGGUAAUCAUAAAUUGUGUAAACUAUACGAAAUUUGAAUAAAUAAAUACGUCGUUUAAAACAUGGAUGUGACGAAAAGGUUUAAGGAUCAUAAUUUGAAUGUUUUAAAGACAAUAGGACAAGGAACGUAUGGGAAUGUUUAUUUGUGCGAAAAUACAUUAAGUAAUAAUUUAAGCAUUGUAAAAGAUAUUGAAUUAAAUGGAAAGAUCCAAGACCAUAAGCAGGAUAUAGCAAAUGAAGUAAACAUUUUGUCUGCGAUGCGACAUCCGAAUAUUAUAAGAUUUUAUGAAUGCUUUUACACUGACAAUCACGUAAUGAUUUCUAUGGAAUAUGCCACUAGCGGGAAUCUAGCAGAAUACAUGUAUCAACGUUAUCCAAAACUUAUAAAACAACAGGAAAUACUCUUCUACUUCAGUCAAGUGUUGCUUGGAGUAAACUACAUACACAAUUUAAAUAUUAUCCAUCGAGAUUUAAAGGCCGAAAACAUUUUAUUAACCGGAAAAAAUGGUCUUUUAGUUAAAAUUGGUGACUUUGGCAUUUCUAAAAUGCUUGCGAGCGCGAAAAAAACAUCAACUGUCAUUGGAACUCCGUAUUAUUUAGCCCCAGAACUAUGUGAAAGUAAGCCCUAUGAUACGAAGAGCGACAUUUGGGCUCUCGGAUGUUUACUCUAUGAGAUGUGUACCCACAAAAGAGCUUUCGAUGCAGAGUCUCUGGUCGGAUUAGUAAAGGCUAUAACAAAUGGGAGUGUCCACCCUAUUGACUUGACGGUUUACGAAAGAGGAAUGCAAGAUCUUAUAGAUGCAAUGCUAUCAAUUCUGCCAGAAAAACGUCCCUGUGUGAAAGAACUCAUGGGCAGAAAGGUAAUGCUGCCAAUAAUCUAUACAGUUUUCUUAGACGCUGGUAAUGAUCAACUGUUACUGUUGAGAGCCCAGAAGGAUUUCUUAGGAAUAGUAUAAUACUUAUUAUGAUUAUAAUGAUGUGACACCUGAUAACAGUCAUCUAUGCAAGUUGGCUCAAGUUAACUCAACAUAUUGUGUAAUUAAUAUGAUUUAAGAUAUCGUAAUAAAUGUAAAAUUAUUAAUCAUAAAUGCAGGUGCUUUAUAUGAUUUGACAAAUAUUGAAAAUUUGAAAUAAAACUAUGACAUGCAAAAUAAUUUGUUUUAUUUUGAUGACACACGCUCCUUGGGAUGAAUGCUGUAAAGUAUAAGUAGGAAUAUUUAUUGACGUAAAUCAAUUCACAUUUAUAACUUAUAAAUACCCAUGUAGUUUCUGUCCUUAACAUAAGUUGUGUAGUAUCUGAUUCUCAGAGCAUAAUAUUCUGAAGUAGUUCUUUAGAGUUCUGAUCUCCCCAGCUUAAUAA